AAAUGUGACGUCCCGCACCGGAAGUGGUGUCUUAGUGGAACUCCUGCUUUGCCGGCGACGUAUUUUCGGCAAACUUCUCAAUCCAAGAUGGCAGCGGCAAUGGAUGUAGACGCACCAAGCUGCUCCAGCAGUGGAGCGAGCAAGAAGCGAUUUGAAGUAAAGAAGUGGAAUGCUGUGGCGCUGUGGGCCUGGGACAUUGUUGUGGAUAAUUGCGCUAUAUGUCGAAACCAUAUCAUGGAUCUUUGUAUAGAGUGCCAGGCCAACCAAGCUUCUGCAACAUCGGAGGAGUGCACCGUCGCCUGGGGGGUCUGCAAUCACGCUUUCCACUUCCACUGUAUUUCCCGCUGGCUAAAAACCAGACAGGUGUGCCCUCUGGACAACAGAGAGUGGGAGUUCCAGAAGUAUGGACACUAGCUGGAAUAUCGUCACCACUUCCUCCUUGACUUCAUUUUUUUUUAAGCUUUUACCCGCACUGCAGCUCGAUUUCCCUCUCAGCUUGUUGUUACUAGGGUUAUUAAUGCACAUCUUUUUUUGGUUUCAAAUAAAUUGUACAAAAUACUGUGACAAAAGCUGUUUCUUAUUAUUCUGCUAACUCGCAAGCUAAAACUUUGAAUUGUGAAGUUAUAGUGCUACUUUAGUAAAAAGAUGCGUCAGUGCCAUCAUUGAACCGUUAUAAAUGUGUGGGUUAUUCUGGGUACUCUGGCAUCUUCCCCGACCCCCAAAACGUGCAUAUUAGGUUCAUUGGACAUUCUAAAUUGAGGACAAGCAGAUGUGUGGAUAGGACUUAUUACAUCAUGGUCCUCGUCGGGAGUUGAGCCUUGCGUUCCCGGCCAAAGGGUUUACUGUGCCUGUUGUGAAUAAUUCUAUUAAUUCUAUUAAUUCUAAUAAUUCUGCAAUAAAAGCUUGUUGUUCCAGGGAUCAUGUCUGGU